AUGCCAAUUGGUGUUCCAAAAGUACCCUUUCAACUUCCUGAAGAAGAUGAGGCAUCUUGGGUUGAUUUAUACAAUCGACUUUUUCAAGAAAGAUUACUUUUUUUAGGUCAAGAGGUCAACACUGAAAUAUCAAAUCAACUUGUUGGUCUAAUGGUAUAUCUCAGUUUAGAGGACAAGACCAGAGAUUUGUAUUUGUUUAUAAAUUCUCCGGGCGGAGAGGUAAUAUCUGGAAUGGCUAUAUUUGAUAUUAUGCAAGUUGUAGAAGCAGAAGUACAUACAGUAUGCGUAGGACUAGCCGCUUCAAUGGGAUCUCUUCUUUUGGUCGGAGGGGAAUUUACCAAACGUCUAGCAUUCCCUCACGCUAUGAUCCAUCAACCUGCUACUUCUUUGUAUGAGGGACAAGUAGGAGAAUGUAUGCUGGAAGCGGAGGAAUUACUGAAAAUGCGAAAAACUAUCACAAAUAUUUAUGCACAAAGAACAGGCAAAGCUUCCUGGCAGAUAUACAGAGACAUGGAGCGGGAUCUUUUUAUGUCAGCAGAAGAAGCUGAAGCCCACGGAAUUGUUGAUACGGUCGCAGCUUAA